UACAUAACAUAAGGUUUAGUUUUUUUAACAACUAAAUUAAACUUUUUAAACUAAAUUAUAUAAAUGGUGUCUAAUAAAUAAUAAAUAUAAAAUUUGAUAAUAAUGAAAUCUAUUGUAUUUAAAUUAUUAUUAUUGGUAUUGGAUUUAUCUUAUCAGACACCAAACCAAGAUAAUAAUAAUUAUAAUAACAACAACAACAAUAUUAAUUAUAAUAACAACAAUAAUAAUAAUUAUAAUCCCAAUAAUCCUAAUUAUCCUAAUUAUCCCAAUUAUCCUAAUCAUCCCAAUAAUCAUUAUAAUCCCAAUAAUCCUAAUCAUCCCAAUAAUCCUAAUCAUCCCAAUAAUCCUAAUCAUCCAAAUAAUCCUAAUUAUCCCAAUAAUAAUAAUAAUAAUAAUGAUAAUCCUAAUUUACUAACUAGUCUAACUAAUCUAUUAAGUCCAAUCAUCGGCCAAACAGAUACAGUGUCAACCAAUGGCCAAAUAAACCCUAAUAAUAAUCUAUUAGUUAACUUGUUGGCCCCCAUCGACAACGGGAUAAGUAAUAUAUUGGCACCCAUUGGAAAUCUUUUAAACGAUCUCACAUACUAUGUUCUCAAUUUUGAUUUAACUAAACUUGAUUUAUUGAAUUUGACACAACUUUUACCGUUUUAUAACGAUUAUAAAACAAUAUUCAAUAAGAAAUAUUUAACCGAAAGUGAAAAUGAGGAAAGGAUUAGACUAUUUAAGGAAAAAGUUAGUGUAAUUAAAGAACAUAACGCUAAUGGAAAUAAUGGUUAUAUACAGGGUAUCAAUGAACUAACAGAUAUGUCUUUACAAGAAAUUCGGAAACAAAAAUUCGGUUUUAUUAAACAAAAAAACGAUAAAAUAACAUUAUAUUCCGCCAACGAUCCACCCGUUGCUGUCGAUAUGUCUAAUAUACCGGUUGAAUGGGAUUGGAGAAAGUAUGGUAUAGUAUCACCAUCUAGAAAUCAGGAAACUUGUGGUUCGUGUUGGAGCUUUGCAUCGGCCGCUGCACUCGAAAGUCAUCUAAUGAAGGUUCAGAUCGCUGAGGGAAAGUUUGAUCCGAAAAAUCAAUUGAAAUUAAGUGAACAAAAUCUGAUCGACUGUUCCCGUGAUUACGGAACCCUUGGUUGCGAUGGAGGUUCAAGUAGUAUGGCAUUUGAUUUCCUAAUUAAAUCUAAAGCACUCAAUACUGUCAAUGAUUAUCCAUAUACUGGAAAACCGGUCAGCUGUCAGUAUAAUCAGAAUCAUGGAAUCGUUGUCGACAUUAAAGAGUCAAAAAAAGUAACCACCGGUUCUGACCAGGAAUUGACGGCCGCUAUCUAUAGGCACGGACCGGUCACUGUGGCCAUACAUGCGACCGAAAAGUUUCCGUUUUACAAAAACGGUAUAUAUGAUGACCCCUUAUGUAAUAAAGAUGAAAUAAAUCACGCAAUGCUUGCCGUUGGUUAUACACCCGAGUAUUUCAUACUAAAAAACAGUUGGGGUCCAAUUUGGGGAGAUGGUGGCUUCAUAAAGGUAUCCAGGUCAAAGGUUAACAAUUGUGGUAUGACUGAAGAAGCCACUUAUCCAGUGGUGGCCAAUGAUGUCGCAACCGAUCAAUUAAGAAGCAAACUAAUUGAAAUCAAACAAUGAAACUAAUAAUAAUAAUAAUUAUUAUUAU